GAAGAAGCAUCAGCAUCUACCUGGUCACACCAUCACCAUUUUCUUCUUCUUCUUCUACUUUCUUCUUUAUCUUAGUGUUGGACUUGGACUUGUUCUGUUUCUUCCACACUACAAAUACUUACACAUUCACGCACUCUCGCUCUAUCUAUCUACCUAUGCUUCUUUUUCUUCUUCAUUUCUUAGUUGUUUUCUUCGUUGAUACAUAGAGAAGCUGAGAAAAAGCGUGUUCUCCCUUUAACGUGCGCACUCCCGGCGCAAGAUAUGGAGGGUCACGCUACUUCUUCCUUCGUGUCCAAAGCGAAAACCGCGUUCCAUUCAGCAGCUUCAAAAGCGGAGCGUGUUCUCAUGGACUUCAAAUCCGAUCGAGAUUCUGAUAGGCAAUUGAACGAUGAUUUGGGGAGGGAGCAUGGAGAUGAAUCUGUUCGGAAUGAGAACGAGUCAAAGCUUCUUACUGAACUGAAGCAUAUAAAGUGGAGACCUCCACAUAUAGGAAUAAAGCAGGAUUGGCAAGAUAGAAUUAACAACAUUCGAAAAGGGAGAACAAAAGUUGGACUUACAGAUAAAGUUGGAGAUAUUAACAUGGCUUCCAUUCCAUUUUAUGAUGAAAAUUUGUGCGUCCUCAAUGUGAAAAGUGAUCUUGAUGCCAAGGCUUCAGAAGCAAUUCCCUCGGUUGAAGGCUUAACUGCAGCAACUGAACACCCCAUUCCUCCGUCAUCUGUUCUGAAGCAGUUGGCUAUAGCAGUCGAGGCUGGAAGGAAAACAAAUUCAAUGAAAGAUUUUGUAGCUUCAUCAGGAAGUUCUUCUCCUGCUAGAGAGAGGGUGAGCUUAAGUCUCUCUGCAGUGAAGGCUUUAGUGUUGCGUGAAAAGGAGGAAAAACUUACCUCUGAGUUUAGCAGCAAUGAGAAAGUUGUGUAUUUAAUCAAUUCGCUGUUUGAUCAAGAGGGAGAGUUCCUUAGAAGAAAGAUCAACUCUGAUCCAGAGGAAACUUCCAUAUCAUCUUUGCCAAGAGAUAUUCAUGGUGCUCCAGCUGAAAGCUUAGUUGUUAAGCUAGCUGAAGUAAUUGGAAACUUCAGGACACUUCGAAAAAUGGCUCUUUUUUGGUGCAGGGUUGUUGCUGAACUGAGAAAACUUUGGUGUGAAGAAAAACAUUUACCUGGAGUCCCCCCAGAUGACAUUCCAGAUCUGAAAUCAUGUCUUCUGUAUCAACAAUUCCAAGUAAUUAAUUGUUGCAUCUCUCGGAAAAGGCGCCAUAUUAUGGCCACCAAAUGCCUAGACUCUAUGAUGAUGGAAGCCAAUUCAAAUACAGUAGAAUCAACAAACUACACUGAAAAAACUCCAGCAAGCUCUUUAUUAUAUGCUAGAUUAAGCACUGGAGAGCUUGUUCUUCGACUUGGUGCUGAUUGCCCAUCUGGAGAUCUGACAUUAUUGGAAACUGGCGAGCCUGUGUACUCUCCUGUCACCCAGGAGGGACCCUUGCUCACUGAAGAUCUGAUCAAAGAGACUGAGGAGUUUGUUCUGCGGACAGGGAGUGUUGGUGCUGGGUGCUCUCAACUCCUCUCUGAUAUGCAGGCUUUCAAGGCUGCAAAUCCUGGUUGCAUUUUGGAAGAUUUUGUGAGAUGGUACUCUCCUCCUGAUUGGACAGAAAGUGAGGGAAGUACUGAGGAUAGUGAUUCUUUUUAUGGUGGUGAGUCCCUGUCUACGAAAGGUCAACUAAGUCUGCGAAUGCAAAAAGAAGGUAAUUUGUGGCGUGAGUUGUGGGAAACAUCUAAACCAGUUCCAGCUGUUAAACAGGCACCUCUCUUUGAUGAGGAUUUGGCAGUGGAGGGCAUCCUUGAUGCAUUUGAGGAUAUCCAGCCAUCUGAACUUUUCGAACAGCUGUUUGUUUCUCUUCUCGGCUUAGGAUUUGCAAUUGCUGAACCUAUGCUGUCUGGUAACAUUGACUUCUCAAAAUGGUUCAAUGAAUGGAAGGAGUACGUUGUUGCCACUUGUCAAAGCAACAGAUUCAACGAGAAAGUUGAUGAACUUGUUCAGAUAUAUGAAAUGGUGGAGACAAUGUUGCUGAAUCCUGAGGAGGCACUAAAGAUAAUGAAGCACACAGAAGAAUCAACUAUGAGUACUGGUGAACCAAAGCACAGGUUUAAGAGGUUUAGUCAUAUCUUUGGUGGCAAAGAUAAGCUAUUAACAAAUCCUGUCUGGAAAGAUGAGGUAAUCGAUGAAGAAAAGCCUAUUCGACAAACUUUUUCAAGUUUCUUUGACAACAAGUCAUCUUUGUUUUCAAAGAAACCUCCUAAACCUGCAAAUCUUUACCCUGCUGAGAAGCCGCCCUCUCUGGAAAGUGAUUGGACAAUUGUUUAGACAAAGUUCAGCUUCACCCUGUUUAGGAGAUACAACAUGCUUCCUUUUUGUUUUCCCCCUCUAUCCAGAUAACUGUAAAUUAAUUUCUUUAUUCUUUUUUCAAUUCUUACUUAGUGAAUAGCAAAUUUUAAUGUAUUGUGAAAUAGCCCGAUUAUUCCUAUAAUCCAUUUUAUUGUUUAGCUUUGCAUGUUGUACAAGAUUGAUCAAUCAAAAUAAUUUUACGCCUUUCUGC